UCGCAUAUAGACCUUCAUAGCGCAAGCAACUCCACUGGCUUUCCAUUUGCGAUGGAGGAAAAGGCGGUCACACCUACACCGCCGUCGACGUCGCCGGCAAUCGAUCCCAGGAGUGGUUUCGACGCCGUCUCCAGGACUUUCCACAGCCUCCGUCCGCCCGUACCGUUGCCGGCCCGCGAUCGGCCGCUCUCCUUCACCUCCUACGCCGUCUCCCUGCUCCCAUCCCCGCUCCCUUCCCUCCCAGCCGUCGUCGACGCCGCCACUGGGGAUGCGCUCUCCUUCCCCGAUCUGCUGUCCCAGAUCCACUCCCUCGCAGCCGCCCUCCGCACCGAGGUCGGCCUCUCCAAGGGCCACGUCGCCUUCAUCCUCUGCCCCGCCCGCCUCGACGUUCCCCCGCUCUACCUCGCCCUACUUUCCCUGGGCGCCGUCAUCUCGGCUGCCAACCCCGCCUCAACUGCCGCCGAGCUAGCCCGGCUCGUCGGCCUCUCCAAGCCCCGCGUCGCCUUCGCCACCUCCGAAACCGCUGCCAAGCUCCCUGGCGACGUUCCGACGAUCCUCCUCGACUCCCCUCGGUUCCGGUCGUUCCUCGCCGGCAGCGGAGGGGAAGUGCCGCCGGAAGAGGAGGUCGGGCAAAUGGAUGUGGCCGUCAUACAGUACUCGUCGGGGACGACGGGAAUGGUGAAGGCGGCAGCCCUGUCGCACCUCAACUUCAUCGCGAUGGUGGCAGGGUUCCACGCUUCACGGAAACUGGCGGCAGAAAGGAGGCGGCGAGAGGCGCCGGAUGUGACGGUCGUCGGAGCGCCGCUUUUCCACUCUAUGGGGUUCUUCUUUUUGCUUAAAGGAAUAGCACUGGGGGAGACCACCGUUGUCAUGGGCGGCGGCGGCGGCGCGAGGGAGAUGCUGCGCGUGGCGGAGAAGUACCGGGCGACUUCUUUGACGGCGUCGCCACCGGUGGUUGUUGCGAUGGCAAGGUGGGAGGAGAAGAUCGACCUGGCAGCGCUCGAGUUCGUGACCUGCGGCGGAGCGCCGCUGCACGAGGCGGCGGCACACCAGUUCAUGUCUCGAUUUCCCGAUGUGGAGCUCCGUCAGGGUUACGGAUCCACUGAGGGUGGUGGUAUAGCAAGGAUGAUAGAUCGUGAGGAAUGCCUCCACCUGAGGUCUGUCGGUCGCCUGUCACAGAAUGUUGAAGCAAAGAUUGUGGAUAGUGUCACAGGUGAGACCCUGUCAAUUGGCCAAACUGGAGAGUUAUGGAUUCGUGGCCCUUCAAUCAUGAUAGGUUACGCAGGAGAUGAGAAAGCAAAUGCUUCCACCUUUGCUCCUGGUGGCUGGCUAAAGACAGGUGAUCUCUGUUACUUCAAUCAAGAUGGGUUUCUUUUUAUUGUGGAUAGGUUGAAGGAAAUGAUCAAGUAUAAAGCUUACCAGGUUCCACCUGCUGAGUUGGAGCACUUGCUUCUAUCACUACCUGGAGUUGCUGAUGCUGCUGUGGUUCCUUAUCCUCACGAGGAGGCAGGCCAAAUACCUAUGGCAUUUAUUGUGAGACAGCCAGGAAAUAACCUCAAAGAAUCAGAAAUCAUGGAUUUCAUUGCAAAGCAGGUAGCACCAUACAAGAAGAUUCGCAAAGUUGUUUUCACCAGCUCUAUACCGAAAACAGCAUCAGGAAAGAUCUUGAGGAGGCAAUUGCGCAACCAUUCAAUUUACAGUUCCAUGUCCAGACUAUAAUGUGCGUGGAGUUAUCUGCACCAUAUCAUGAUCAUGAGUUUUCAACCAAAGUCCCAUUUUAGCAUCUUUGUCAAACUCUUUUAGAUGAUAUGUUUCACCUACAAAAAUCUGAAAUGACCUCAGGAUAUCAUCAGUCUACAGUAUUUUCUGAUUACUGUUCUUUGCAUCUUGAGCUUUCAGGAUGCUGUAAGUUAUUGUCUUUUUGCAUCUUA